CCUUUGAAAUCCUAGUUCCCUUACUGAAAGAAAAUAAUUUGUCUCGAUGAACAUUUCUCAAAACUUCCGAAGCCCGGGAGCCUCUGAAGCCCCUACCAGGCUACCUCUGCCCCUGCAGCUACUCCUCCACGGGAGGAUGAAGGUCUCCAUGGCAGCCGUCUCCUUCCUCCUCCUCCUCAGCAUCUCUGUGGCCCUUGGGUCCAAGAAUGAAUUCUCUUCAAGAGGACCUUACCACCCUGCCGAGUGCUGCCUCACCUACGUGAGCCGGGCAGUCCCCCGGCAGCGCAUUUCAAGCUAUUAUGAGACCAGCAGCCAGUGCUCCAAGCCUGGGAUCGUCUUCAUCACCAAGAAGGGCCAUUACAUCUGUGCCAACCCCCGUGAUGGCUGGGUCCGGGACUAUAUCAAGGAACUGGAGGAGUGACCCAGAAGUAAUGGAGAAGAACACAGCUCGGGAUUUAAAGAGAAGGGCUUGAACCCCACUCCCCUCCUCCCAACUCAGCCCCAGCCGCCUCCUGGGAGCUGCCCUGACUUGAAUUAAAGACCAGUCAGGCCCUUCCCUGCCCUCAUUCAUUUCUGCUAAAUUUCCCCGUUGGCAGCGGACUUGAGGACCCUGAUGAGCCCAGCCAUGCAUGCUCUGGCCGGGCAGCUCAGGGUGUCACCCUCAGCCUCAUGUUUGGCCAGAGCCUGGUGCAAAAAAAAAAAAAAAAGGGGGGUCAGGUCUGCCAAGGAGGUAGAGAGAAACUGAGCAGGAAGUCAGGAAGACACGCUGUAUAAAGGCUACCUGGAGACAGUAAUGACCACAAUAAAAACAGAUACUAUUUUUGUAGCACCUCCAUAGUCCAAGCACCCUGCUAAAGCCAUCUAUGUGCGUUCAUUUAUUUAAGCUUCACAAGGAAAGCUUGAUUUUGCAGCUAAAUCUUCAUUAAAGGCCUCUCUAUAACAGUCA